GCCCGUGGGGGGGGCGGGGCGGCCCGUGGUGCCUCUAGAGGGCAGCAAGGGUGAGAGCAGAGUCUAGUGGUUCUGGCACAAGGCCAGUCCUCGGCCCCAUUUCUAACCGGGUGGCACCCAAACCCCUAUAGCGGUACUGGUGGCUACAGCUCUGGCUCAGGAGACCGGCAUUCUGUUCCCAGCUCUGCCUGAGGCCUGCUCAGUGACCUUGAGCGAGUCAUUUCCUGGCUCUGUGCCUCAGUUUCCUCAUGGGUAGUAUGGAGAGCAUGAUAUUGCCUGCGGUUGUAAAAAGCUUUGAGAUCCACCGGUGGAAAGAUGAAUGUUGGGGUGGCCCACAGUGAGGUGAAUCCCAACACACGGGUGCUCAACAGCCGUGGCAUCUGGCUGGCCUACAUGAUCUCGGUGGGAGUUCUCCAUAUCAUUCUCCUCAGCAUCCCGUUCUUCAGCAUUCCCGUGGUGUGGACCCUCACUAAUGUUAUACACAACCUGGUUAUGUACUGGUUUCUUCACACUGUGAAAGGAACCCCCUUUGAGACGCCAGACCAGGGCAAGGCUCGCCUGCUCACGCACUGGGAACAGAUAGACUAUGGGACGCAGUGCACCUCCUCCCGCAAGUUCCUCAGCAUCUCACCAGUAGUUCUUUACCUCCUCACCAGCUUUUAUACCAAAUACGACCCUGCACAUUUUAUAAUCAACACAACGUCCCUCCUCAGCGUCCUCCUGCCCAAGCUGCCCCAGUUCCAUGGCGUGCGUGUCUUUGGCAUCAACAAAUACUAAGACUCAGCGCUGCCCAGCCGGGUGCAAGGGAAGAAAGGGCCCAUCCCAGCAACCUCCUGCUCUGGCAAAGGAGUAACAAACCCAGCGUGAGGGUGCGGUCCUGAUUGUGAACUAGGGCGGCCAUGCAAGCGAGGGACCAGCCCCUGCCUGAGCCACUCGGAGGGAUGAUUUUGCAAGGGGAUUAAGUUACUCUCCGUAAUAAUCAUCGGUAUUUGGGCUUUAUCUUUUGUUUGGGUGGAGAGAGCUGUGAGGAGGGAGGGGGUCUAAGUGUCGCAUGAGCUACCCUGUCAGGUGUCUACUGCUCAUGUAACUGCGACGUGCCCAGCAGGGGGGAAAUAGCCAGUCUGUGCAUCCUCCCCUCCUUGUGUUUCAUAAACUGCUACUGUAAUAAAGACGUUUUAGAGACGA